UCUGUGUCUCCCUCCUUCCUUCCCCUGCCCCCUCUGCUCUUCCUCCAGAGGCCUCUUGGUGGGUAUCCCCAUCCUGGUACCCCUCCAUCUUCCUGUCCUCCUCUUGGGUCGUCACCCCAACCACUUCUCCUGUUACUGGGUCGCACCACUGCUUCUCACUACUCCCCGGGGGAAUCCAGACGUGUUCCAGGCCCCAGGCCCCACUCCUGCCAGGCAUUUAACCCCUUUUCUGCCGCAGCCAUGUCCAACAACAUGGCUAAAAUCGCUGAAGCUCGCAAGACCGUGGAGCAGCUGAAGCUGGAAGUGAACAUCGAUCGCAUGAAGGUGUCGCAGGCGGCUGCUGAGCUUCUGGCUUUCUGUGAGACGCACGCUAAGGAUGAUCCACUGGUGACUCCUGUUCCCGCCGCCGAGAAUCCCUUCCGCGACAAGCGACUCUUUUGCAUCCUGCUCUGAGCCCUCAAGACAGCUUUAUCCUCCCCCG